GUGGAAUAAUGUGCAGGCCCACACGUCGACCGCACUGAGCUCUAACUAUGGUGGACUCAAUUUAUUUAGCAGAGCUAGGUAGCCUCGUGGAGCUAUUCAGACCUCUCCUGCCAUUGAUUGACUGUCUUUGAAGUCUGCUUUCCAUUUGAGGGUGAGAAUAAAUCCGACAGCAUCAAUGAGGUGCCGGGGAAGAAAAUGUUUUGCAAAGUACAUCAGAGGCUAAUCAUUUGCAUGGAAGGAAAAUGAAAGAAAAAAAAGGUGCUCUGUUGUGCAGACUUAAUGAACUCGUAGCGCUGUGCAGCCGUGGUUCAUGGAUAUUCAUGCUCUCCUUUUUUUUUUUUGGGCGGGAACUGAGGCGGAGGCUCGCUAGUGGAGCGGUGGCGGCGUUAAUAAGGCUUGUGUGGCGGGCACAGAUGAAGCCAUGUGAUGAAGAGCCAUCUUUUUAAACAGAAGCGAGCGACACUUCUACCACCCCGAGGCCUCCACGUUGUUUUAGCACUAGUUAGUGAAACUUCGAAACUUUUCUAAAAGUUAUUUUUCUUGGAAGGAUGAGGAGAAUUUCUGGUGCACCUUUGUUCUUAAGAGACAUAUUGCGUAUUUUUUAUUUAAUCCGUUUCCAAGUGUAAGUCUACUUCCAUGAAAAACUUUUUUGUUUGACAGACCGUUGCACCUGUGGAAGUUUUAUUAUAGGAACUCCUCAUUUCUGUUUGUGACUGACACUUUGAAGUCAAUACCUGGUAGGCGCAGGACAACACUGUUGCUAUUUGGCCAAGAUACACAGUGCUUAAUCAGCACUCUUCCAGACACUUUUUCAAUCUCAACCCUUUAUUUUUAUUUUUUUUAAGUUUAAAGACGCACCCUUGCGGUUUUAAGGCAAUUUUGCAGAGUCUUCGUUUUACUGGUGAUGACACGGCACUUCUUUGCGCUGUAAAUUUUCACUAGAAAGUCUCAGGGGUGUUUAUUUACUCACAAAAUACAGUCGACAGAAGUAAUUAGGAUUCAGUGGACUGUAUUAUUUGCAGGGGAUAGUAGGAACCGAGCCUGAUCGCAGAGACUUUACGUGAAUAAUUAAAGCUACCCUAAACAUGAUUAUAAUUGCCUACAUGAAUAGUUUCAACCGUCAAACUAUGAACGCGAAGAAUUUAAAUAGAAUCUGCAAGUUCUGAAAUUAGCGGUAUGUACUAAAUGCAGCGCAGUAAUCAGCUUAGAGCUUAGCAUGGCAGAGACUGAGCGGAGGCUGAGCUUGCGUUACUGAAUUGCACAAGAGUUCGAGGGAGUUUGCCGUUCGGAGCGGAGUUAGAAAGCGUGUUAGGGAAAUUUCACCUUUGUGGAUGUUUGGUUGAGGAGGCUUCUACUGAAAUUAAAUAUUCUUCACUCAUCGUGAAAGUGAAACUGAGUCUGGGAUCAUGUGGCAUUUUGAGAUAGACGGAGCAUAUCUGGCCCCAUUUGCUAAGUAAAACAGCAGCACCAAAGCACGGACCAGAUCAAGAGGUGUGUGAAUAGUAUGUGCAUCAUCAGAAGCUCGAAAGUGGCUCUGGACCUUCAUGCCGAUCAUGCUUUUGGAAGACAGUUAUGAUGUAACAGUGGUGCAGAACAGCAUGCUCAUUGACACAUUCACAAACAGGAAGUGGAUUGGUGGUUUUUGGCAGAGACCCAACUAUUUUAAAAAGACAUUUUACAUAACAUUCAUCUUUUUUAAGAGAAUGAAUGGUAUUACUUUUGAAUGGAAUUAAAAAUAGGGGGGUGGGGGGGCUUAGGCCUAAUUAAACUUAACACGGAGCCCCUGCAAACACCUUUUCUUUUCAAAUCAGCAUGCAAACAUUGCAACCUAAGGCUGAAUGAAACCCGAUGUUGUGGUAAUUAAGUUUGAGAGACGACCAUUUUAAGAGGCCUCCUUUGUGUGCUCUUCGGAGAGGAAGAUGAAUGUUCCCCAUAGUGAUUCAACAAAAACGAGAAGCGCUCAGAAUCGUGUGUGUGUGUGUGUUUAUAAAGGAUCUGAGACAUUUUGUCCCUGCCUUCCUUCAACUUCCUGCAGUGCAAAUAGUUGUGGUGCAAAAAAAGAGGAAGUGCAAUCCCAGCCUCACAUUUCAAUGUCAACGUCUUGCUCUUCACACGCCAAGGCGCUACCACGACUCAAAUUUCCCUCGACUUUUGUUUCGGGUGUUUUUUUUGUUUGCUCGCCUUUGUCGUGCCACCAUGAUGUCAAACACCUUCUCGUACGUGCUGCUCCAUAGCGCCCCCCGCAGACCUCUGCUCAACAGGCGAUGUCUGAGCGAUACCUCGGACCUGUUUGCCAUGAUCGAGAGGAUGCAGGGUUGCAGAAUGGACGAGCAGAGAUGCAGCCUCCCUCCGCCCCUCAAAACCGAAGAGGACUACAUCCCUUACCCCAGUGUUCAUGAGGUUCUUGGUCGCAGUAGCCCAUUCCCGCUCAUCUUGCUUCCUCAGUUUGGGGGCUACUGGAUCGAGGGGACCAAUCACCAACCGAGAGGGACACCGGAAGCUGCGCAACCUCAAUGCACCACCUCUUGCGUCAAGCUCGAGACCAACAGCACGGCCAAGAUCUACAGAAAGCAGUUCAUGGGCAAAGAGCACUUUAAUUACUACACGAUGGAUGCCGCCCUGGGCCACUUGGUCUUCUCAUUAAAGUACGAUGUCAUCGGGGAUCAAGAGCAUCUGCGCUUGAUGCUGCGCUCCAGGCUAAAAACCUACCACGAUGUCAUCCCAAUUUCCUGCCUCACAGAGUUCCCCAAUGUGGUCCAGAUGGCAAAGCUUGUUUGCGAAGAAAUAAACGUCGAUCGGUUUUAUCCAGUUCUCUACCCAAAGGCGUCACGCCUCAUCGUUACCUUUGACGAGCAUGUGAUCAACAAUAAUUUCAAGUUCGGAGUCAUUUAUCAAAAGUUUGGCCAGACCACAGAAGAGGAAGUCUUUGGAAACAUGAAAGAAAGCCCGGCUUUUGUCGAGUUUUUAGACUUCCUGGGCCAGACUAUUGAGCUGCAUGACUUUAAAGGCUUUCGAGGAGGCCUCGACGUCACGCACGGCCAAACGGGGACAGAAUCGGUUUACACCAACUUUCACGGCAAGGAGAUCAUGUUCCAUGUCUCCACCAAGCUGCCUUAUACCGAGGGGGACUCCCAGCAGCUACAGAAGAAGAGGCAUAUAGGCAACGACAUCGUCGCCAUCGUGUUCCAGGAAGAGAACACGCCCUUCGUUCCCGACAUGAUCCAGUCCAACUUCCUGCACGCCUACGUGGUGGUCCAGGUGGAGGACGCGUGUACGGACAAUGUCACAUACAAGGUAUCUGUGACAGCGAGGGAUGACGUGCCCUUCUUUGGGCCGGCCCUGCCUGACCCGGCCAUCUUCACAAAGGGCCCGGAGCUUCGCGAAUUUGUCUUUACCAAGCUCAUCAAUGCCGAGUAUGCUUGCUACAAGGCGGAGAAGUUUGCCAAGCUGGAGGAGCGUACACGUUCAGCUCUCUUGGAAACGCUGUACGAGGAACUGCACCUCAACAGCCAGUCCAUGAUGGGCCUUGCGAGUGACGACGACAAACUGGAGAACGGCGGUAGCGGAGGAGGCGGAGGCUUCUUCGAGUCCUUCAAGCGGGUCAUCCGCAGCAGAAGCCAGUCAAUGGACGCCAUGGGCCUCAGUAGCAAGAAGUCACACACAGUCUCCACUAGUCACAGUGGCAGCUUUACCCACAAUCUGGCCGAGAGCCCCAAAACACCCGGCAUUUCGUUGCUCGUCCCGGGGAAAAGUCCCGGUAAAUACGGCCGGCGAGGCAGCGCCAUAGGGAUAGGAACAAUAGAAGAGUCUCUGAUUAUUCCGGGAAAAAGUCCCACCAGGAAAAAGUCUGGACCCUUCAGCUCCCGCCGGAGCAGCGCUAUCGGCAUUGAGAACAUCCAGGAGGUCCAAGAAAGAAGCCGGGACGUGUCGCCGUGCACUCAAAGGACGUCAGACAGCGGCCACAUCUCGCAGGAAAAUCGAUCGGACAAUUCGUCCAAUCACAGCUCUCCUGAGUUUACCCCUGCCAAAAACAGUUUGGCCAUGUGUUGCAGGGCGCCGUCCAUCCCAGAGGCUCAGGACCUUUCCCGCUCCUCCUCCAACGCAAGCAGCUUCGCCAGCGUCGUGGAAGAGCACGAGGCCGACGACGAGUAUGACACGGGAUUGGAAAGUGUGUCGGCCACUACGCCACACAAGACAGACUCUCUGGACGAUGGCUCGCUCAGUAUGAGCCACGCAGGUUUCACAGCCGCACAUCCUCCUCCGUCUCGACUCCAUCAUCAAAGCGACGGACCUAAGGGACCCGAAUCGAAAGCGACAGAUGGCCGUUCCAGGCCAGAGCGCCCGCCGCUGGAGCACAAGUCCUCGAACUGUUAGCCACACGCCACUGACUCGCCGCAUCCACGUCCCUUGUCAGCAUUUCUUGGAGAGGCACUACAACUCAGAACGAAGCAAAUGGUUCGCUGGUUCUGCCUGGUUCUGACCGAGCUCGACUUCAAGACGCGGGCCAUAGCUCUUUCCUGGAAGGGUUCCUUUUGGACUCAUUAGCCAUCCUGACAAGAUGUCAAUGCAAGCUCAGAGGUCCAGAAAAAUCCUUUGUAGGCUAUGCAGGAUCGUCAUGUCCGUGUCAGUGUGCAACUUAAUCCCAGUUUUGAAGAUUUGGAGUGAGGUACGUUUUUGAGCCGAGCGUUUGGUCUGUAACCUGUUGAGCAUCCACGUGGUGCCAUUGUUUUACGUUCAUUUGAGGAACAACAGAAGCAUUUAAUCAAACUUAACAUGUCCAUAAAAUGGGAUAUCGUUCUCUGAUGGUAGAAUGGCAGUUAAAAAAAAAGAAGUCUUAUUUACUUUGGUGCCUCAACCAGCAACAAAGCAUUUUCAACCGUUUGUUUGUUUGUUUGUUUGUUUGUUUGUUUGUUUGUUUGUUUGUUUGUUUGUUUGUUUGUUUGUUUGUUUGCGAGUGCUACUGUGCAUGGUGUCAACCUCCUUGACAAAAAAGAAAACGAGAAAAAAAAAGAAACUCCUCUGGUGCCACGUUGGUUGUACCUGUGAUUCCCGUUUAAUUCAUCUCCACGUGCAGUGUACAAUAUGAAUCCACACUUUUUUUUUUUUUUGACUGAAAUGUCAGAUAGUUGUGACUUAUGCUUACAUUUAUGGAAAGCCGUUUGAGCGUUUAUUCAUGAUCCAACUACCGCCCUGAAUUAUCCAUGUACCUGUACGCUCCUUGUCCUCAUUACUAAUACAAGUUAGCACACUAGUAGAAUAACUCAUGAUUUUUUUUUCCCCUGUAUGACAUUUCCGUGCACUCCCAAAAAUUAUUUUUUGUCGAGACGUUCCGAGAGAACAUGUCCUAGUAGUUGUGUUUCAUCGGUAGACAACUAUCUCAAUAAUUGAGUAAUUGUUUAGACACUUUUUUUUUUAUACCUAAGAAUUGUCCAAAUCCUCUCAUGGCACAGUAAUUAUUCGUUAAAUCUUGGAGUCAUUCAUGAAUACAAAGAUUUUAUUUAAUUGUUAUUUAGGUGUUUAUCACUAAACAUGACAUAAUAACAAUAGUAAGUGGGGAAAACAUUCCCCUUACCUUUUUCUUAAUGAUAUACGUUUUUACUCCCUUAAUGUUGUAUGUAUUAAGCUUGUUAGUUGUUAGCUAGUGAAGCGUUUUAAUGUCACCAGCAGUACUAGUAGCAGUUGUCAACUAGUGCACAGUUUUGAUUUUUUCGUAAUGUUGUACAAAAACGUGCGCAGAAAUGUCAUACAGUAGCAGAAGGUACUAGUGGUGAAGAAAUAAAGUAAACAACUGAUUGCGUGGGAAGGAUCACAAAUAAAUGCUCAAAUGGCUUUGCAAGAGAAUUCUUAGUUUGUGUUUGUCAAGUGGAUUUAUUUUUUUUGGAACUACACUGUGACUCAUCUUGAGGUUGCCUUUCCAAACGAUUGUGUCUCGUGAGCGGUCGUCUAUCCAGAGGUUCCUGAAUGUAACACACAAGGCACAACAUGCUUCCUUUUAUUUUGCAGGUGUAAAACAGAUGCAGGGAGGGAAACACCCUCAAAUGACUUGAGCUCAAACAUUUUUCUUUUUUAUUUGACUUGAACUGAACCUGCUCAAUUGAAGCACAGAUGGCUAGCGCCUCCAUGUGGUUCAACAAAACAGCACACCCAUCCAUUCGGCCUGUGCUUUUGUGGUCGAUCCAAAAAGUGAUGAAAUGAUUGUAUUUCUCUUCUUGUCUGCUUGUUGAAAAGACACGCUUGUACAUACUUGAUUGCUUUGCAUCCUCAUUGUAAAUAAAGACAACAAAGAUGUUUCAUGAA